GUUUCAUUACUUACCUGUCUGGAAAAGGGUAAUGCUUGCUUGAGGUCCAUUCCCGUCGGUGAUGCGCCAGAAAACUCAACUACUGCUUCUCAUAUUACAUGGAAUGUAUGCUCUUCUGGUAAAAUAAUAUGUUCUUCAGUGGAUAAAAGUGAGAAUUAUGCCUUAUUUGGAGGGUAAGUUUCCGUAAGCUGUUAAAGAAAUGUAUAUGAGUUUGUUGCAAUUAUAUUCAUGGGUGACAGCCUCUUUAAUAAAAAUUUGAAAGGUUGUUAUAUUGCCUAAUUUUGGCCUAGUACUUUAAUUUGUGUUUUCUUUUCUCUCAGGAAUGGCAUUGAAUUGAACAUGUGGGAUCUUGGAAAAUGCAGUAAGAUCUGGAGUGCAAAAUCUCCUCCUUCUAAUAGACUUGGUAUAUUCUCUCCAACUUGGUUUACUGCUGCAACUUUUCUGAGUGAAGAUGACCAUAGAAAAGUUGUGGCUGGCACGAUCAAUCAUCAGAUUCGUCUUUAUGAUACUUCAGCACAGAGGAGACCUGUAAUUUCAGUCGACUUUAGAGAAUCUCCAAUUAAAGCAGCUUGUGAAGAUCUAGAUGGCUAUACAGUCUAUGUAGGCAAUGGUUUUGGGGAUCUUGCUUCAUUUGAUAUGAGAACAGGUAUGGUGAAAGCUAAUGAAGGGGAGGGCCCGGAACUGCUUAGUAGUGCAUCUGACAGCAGUAGCAGUGGGCAUGCGGAGUCACUAGCUGCAACUCUUGCAGAACAUCGCCAACAUUUAGUUAGCAUACAGGGACUUGUUGAUCAACUAAAGGAAGUCAUUCCAGCAAUACAGAUGUCAAUUUCAGAUCUCACUGAAGAAGUAAACAAUAUUUUUUCAACCAUGGUAGAUGGGUUUAGUGUGCAAUCAAGCACAACUGUUCAGUGCCAAAGUGCUGGAAGACAGUUGGUGGAUUUGGUAAUUAUCGAUGAGCUUUGUUGA